UCCAAAUGGUUUAUUAGCCUUAUCAUUCCAAUACAGAGUUUGUUCAAGUAUGUCAUGCUUAGCUUAGCAGAACUUUUUCUUUUUAAUUGCCUGUGUCUGUAUGUGUGGACAUACAUGCAGUGUCUGCUGUCUAUCCAUUGUGUGGGGCUCCCAGCAGGGGGAUAGAACUCAGGCUAUCACCAGGCCGGGUAGCAAGCACCUUUACUUGGUAAGCCAUCUCACUGGUCCAGUCUUUAAGCAAACGUUCCAAGACUCAGUCUUACUUACCAGCAGGACUAAGAGUCAGUUAUAGGCUGUAAAUAAAGGUUUUGGUUUUAGUUUCUUUUCUUUUCUUUUCUUUUCUCUUCUUCUUUUCUUUCCCUUUCUUUCUUUCUUUUUCUUUUUUCCUUUCCUUUUUUUUUUUUUUUUUUUUUUGAGACAGGGUCUCACUAUGCAGCCCUGGCAGAACUCACUGUGUCGACUACACUGGUUUCGAACUCACAGAGAUUCGCCCGCCUCUGCCUCCCAAGAGCUGGGAUUAGUGGCAUGUGCCACUAAAGAUGUGUUUAGUUUUAUGUGUAUGGAUGCUUUGCGUUCAUGGAGGUCUGUGCACCCUGUGUGUGUGCAGUAGCCCUGGAGGCCAGAAGAAGGUGCCGGAUCCACGAGGAACUAGAGUUACAGAUUGUUAGGAGACACAAGGUGGGUGCUGGGAAUCGAGCCCAGAACCUCUGACUAGCAGCCAGUGCUCUUAACUGUGGAGUUAUCUCUUCAGUCCUUAAAAUAAUAAUAAUAAUAAUAAGAAGAAGAAGAAGAAGAAGAAGAAGAAGCAGCAGCAGCAGCAGGGCGGUAGUGGCGCACGCCUUUAAUCCCAGCACUUGGGAGGCAGAGGCAGGCGGAUUUCUGAGUUCGAGGCUAGCCUGGUCUACAAAAUGAGUUCCAGGACAGCCAGGGCUACACCGAGAAACCCUGUCUCGAAAAAAACCAAAAAUAAAUAAAUUUUAGUAAUUUUUGUUUUAAGAAGAGACAGAAAAGUGAGAUACCAAGAGAGGGAGAGGAGGCCGAGACUGUUACACUUGACGCCUGGGUCCUGAGAAGAUGGCAAGAAGGGAAGAUUUAGACCCUGGUGACCUGGAUUAGGAACCCAGUUUGGGGCCGGAACCUCGGAGUCUAGGGUUCCAGUUUCCCGGUGGAACCCCUCCAGCCAUAGGAACCACCAUCCCUCCACGCAUCUCAACAACAAACCGCUGUCAAGUGAAAGGCCCGCUUGGCCGGAUUUCCGGGGGCGGAACCGGCAGCCACCCCCGCCCAGCUUGCCCAGUUAAAAGGCGGCGGCGGGAGAGGGAGGGAACUCGCUGUCUCGCGAGAGUUGGGCUACCGAGUCCUCAGUGAACCGGCCAUGGAGGGCGAGCGGGCGCCGCUGUUGGGUUCGCGGCGUCCGGCAGUGUCGGCGGCGUCCGCGGUGUUCGCGGGGCGGCGUGCGGCGUGCGGGGCGGUGCUGUUGGCCGAGCUGCUGGAGCGCGCGGCCUUCUACGGCGUCACGGCCAACCUGGUGCUGUUCCUGAAUGGCGCGCCGUUCGACUGGGAGGGCGCGCAGGCCAGCCAGGCGCUGCUGCUCUUCAUGGGCCUCACCUAUCUGGGCUCGCCGUUCGGGGGCUGGCUCGCCGACGCCCGCCUCGGCCGGGCCCGCGCCAUCCUGCUCAGCCUGGCCCUCUACCUGCUGGGCCUGCUGGCCUUCCCGCUGCUGGCCGCGCCCCGCUCGCGCUCCUUCCUCUGCGGGGACCCGCGGCCCGAGCUCGUGCGCAACUGCUCGGCGCCCUUCCCCAACGGGUCAGCGUCGUGUCCCGAGAACGCCGCGCGCCGCUGUGCCCCCGCCACCUUCGCGGGGCUCGUGCUCGUGGGUCUCGGGGUGGCCACGGUCAAGGCCAACAUCACGCCCUUCGGCGCCGAUCAGGUUAAAGAUCGAGGUCCAGAAGCCACUCGGAGAUUUUUCAAUUGGUUUUACUGGAGCAUUAAUUUGGGAGCAAUCCUGUCAUUAGGAGGUAUUGCCUAUAUUCAGCAGAAUGUGAGCUUUUUCACAGGCUACCUGAUUCCCACAGUCUGUGUGGCCAUUGCUUUCCUGGUCUUCCUCUGUGGCCAGAGUGUCUUCAUCACCAAGCCUCCUGACGGCAGUGCCUUCACUGACAUGUUCAGAAUUCUGACCUACAGUUGCUGCUCCCAGAGAGGAGGGCAGCGGAGAAGUGGUGAAGGCCUUGGAGUCUUUCAGCAAUCUUCUAAACACAGUCUGUUUGAUUCAUGUAAGAUGUCGCGUGGAGGGCCGUUCACAGAGGACAAAGUGGAAGACGUGAAAGCCCUGGUCAAGAUUGUGCCCGUGUUCUUGGCUCUGAUUCCUUACUGGACAGUGUAUUUCCAAAUGCAGACCACAUAUGCUUUACAGAGUCUUCAUUUGAAGAUUCCAGAAAUCUCAAGUAUCACCACCACCCAUCACACGCUGCCUGCAGCUUGGCUCACCAUGUUUGAUGCGGUGCUCAUCCUCCUGCUCAUCCCACUGAAGGACAAGCUGGUGGACCCGGUGCUGAGGAGACAUGGCCUGCUCCCAUCCUCCCUGAAGAGGAUUGCUGUGGGGAUGUUCUUCGUCAUGUGCUCUGCCUUUGCUGCAGGAAUCCUGGAGAGUAAAAGGCUGGACCUGGUAAAGGAGAAGACCAUUAACCAGACCAUUGGUGGUGUGGUGUACCAUGCUGCUGACUUGCCCAUCUGGUGGCAGAUCCCACAGUAUGUGCUCAUUGGCAUCAGUGAGAUAUUUGCAAGUAUAGCAGGGAACAUCAACAGCUGCCACCUGCAUUACUACUUCUUCCUGCUGGCCGCCAUCCAGGGAGCUACGCUGCUGCUCUUCCUCAUUGUGUCUGUGAAGUACGACCGCCAGCGAGCCAGGACAGAUGGGGGGCCAGCCAGCACGAGGACCUGAUGCAGCCAGCCAGCAUGCUCACAGGUUCUGCAGACUCUAAGGCCUCAGGGCUUGCUAACUACCAGGGCACUGCCAGCAAGCAGACUGAGGCUAGAUUGUUGGUGUCCCAACUUCUGAACUUGCAUGUUGUCUGGACUGGCUUCUCCCUCCCUAUGCCCGGAUGAUGGUGGUGAGUGCCUUACUAUGGCCCGUCUCAUGUGCACUGGGCCUGCCAGGAGAUGAGGAUGUGGCUUCUCUCACUGAAGGUCUCUGCCAGUCCUGAGCCAGCCAUGCUCUCCUGGGCAGCCACCGUUCUGCUGCUGCCAUCCUUAUUCCUUACAAAUAUUGUUACUUCCUCAUAGCAUCUCCUUUACGAUUAGCAAGCACUUCCAUCAAGGCAUAGGAGGAUUCUCUUUAGAGGUGAAAGUGUGGUUGAUGUCAAGAGAGCCCUAGGAGCUGUGUCUACUCCAUCAUGGACUCUUGUCACAGGCCUGGCUGAUGCCAAGGCCUUUGUGGGUCAGUCAUGUAGGCUCAUCUGCUCAGAAAGUAGGUUUUGUUGACUGAGAUAAAGAAGUUUUUAUUAGACUAGGCUGGCCUCAAACUUGGGGCUGCCUCAUGUCUGCUUCUCAAGUGCUGAGAUCUCAGAUGUCUGUCACUAUGGUCAGCAGGACUUAGGUCAUGAACAACUGAUCUGCUUUAAGCACAUGUGUCCGUGGUGAUUGAGGACACCAUGUCCUCACUGAAACCAGACAGCAGCUGGCAGGAGAUUGGCAGUUACACCACGCAGAUCUUUUCUGAGAACUUGACUUUGUGUAGCAGUAAGGAUGGAGGCAGGUGGUGAGUGGGGAAAACAUGGGAGCUGCUGGGCUAUUGGCCCAGCUUUGUACCGUUACUGACAUCUGGGGUUCUGAGUUUGUCAACUGAACUGUUGUGUGUGUUGCUGUGUUUUGUAUAAUUUUAUAAAAGCUUCUCAGACUGACACCAAGAGCUUCCUGAUGGUUUCUCCAUACUCUGCAUCAGUUCAGCAUCCCCUACAGCUGCUGCCUGCUCAGCCUUGUAUUCCUUUGGCCCAGUGUUAGAGCCACAGUGUUCAAGUCCACUUCUGCCAGAAACCUGACUCUGCCUCUCUCACACACCAGGAAGAAAGAAGCUUCAGGAUAAAAACCAUCCACUGUGCCCCUUGUUCUUGGCUUUGGGGCGGGUUGGGGGGGAUAGUUCUGCAGAGGUUUGCCCAUAUCUUAAAGAAGAAGCUGGAUGCUGAAGUCAUUAAUCUGCUGUCACGACGUAGACUUUCCUGGGUUGGUGAGAAGGCCUAGCAGGUAAAGGUGCCUGUCCCCAAGCCUGAGGCUGGCAGACAUGGAGGGAAGGAACCAGUUGUCCUGACCUCUACAUUACACCAUUAUGAUGUGCAACCUUCCACCCCAAGUAAAACAUAUUCUAAAAGUAGGUUUUCUUCACAGGAAUUUCUGUAUUUGCAUGAGAGAAGGACCUCUGCCACCCCUUAGUGUGCUGUGGACACACAGGGUGUGUGCUGGUCAUAGGCAUUUCUGCUUUGAUAGCCCAGGGAGCACCCUAAGUGAGACAAGAAUGGCAGCUGGGCAAGAGACUCUGGUGUGAUGAAAAGGACCUGUGGGAACUGUCUCGAAGGUCCUGGGGCUGAGUGUGGCGAGAGCAUCCAUCAUCCUAAUGAGACUACAUAGUGGGGUUGGCUUCAGUACCAGCCAUGCUCAGUGAGUGGCACCUCCACCUGGAGAAAUGCAGCAGCUAUUGGUGGAAGUUCACUCUACUCAUGUCUCCAUAGCACCCACAGGAUGGUACCUGGUACUGAGCAGACUGAAUGGCUUUCUCUUGCCAUGUCUUCCAUGUCUGUUGGGGUUCCUUUAGAUGCCCACAUUUGAGAAUGAUCUUGCAUGUUAGUCAAACCUGGGAAAGACUGGUGGGUACCAGAUUCACCUCCAGUCUGUGUUGUGGGAGAUCUAUUUGUGGCUGAGCUGGUGUUAGUCCUAAAGCCUUGACAUUAGCAUCUGAACAGACAGACCAUAGGCAGUCACUCUGAUCUACAGUUCUAAGCUGGCAGUUGAAUAAAACACACCAAACUGAGCUGUGCUGUUUGGGGUGUUUCAAGCUGUGUAUGCCCUGAGUUCUUGGCUGUGUUACCUCAACUGUUCUUUGUGGAGACAGACUAGCUUCUUCAGGGUUAUGUGUGUCCUCAUAUCCUGAGGCAGAAGCUGAGAUUCGUUUUGUUUGUUUGUUUUGUUUUUUCUUCAAGAUAUGAUUUCUCUGUGUAGCUAUAACUCUGGCUGUUCUGGAAUUUAAUCUGUAGACCAGGCUGGACUUGAACUCAGAUCCAUUUGCCUCUGCCUCCCAAUUGCUGGAAUUAAGGCAUGCGCCAUCACCGCCUGGCAACAGAUCUUUAUAAAACCAGCUUCUUCCAAGGUACUUGGUCCCUCAGGGUUGCAGUUGCUGGUACUUGAGUAGGUCAUGGCCCUAUGUCCGCUUUCAGUUUGCUAGAAAGCUCCACAUAUGCAGAGCUCCAGAGCACGUCAUGUUACUCAUGGUGAUGCAUCUGUGCUGUGGAUGCUGUAAGCAUCUUAUAUGGAUUCUCACAAAGAACAAAUCACUUGUGUGGCUAUUUUAGUGUUAAAAUCGAAUAUCUUGUUCUUUGCAAAUAGGGUAUUUUAAAGGGAAUAAUACACAUAGGUGGUGUGCUGAAUAAAAACAUCAAAUUACAAAAGAGAAGGCAGAUGAUACCAAGCUGGGUCUGUAGAUUAUACUCCUCUCCAAGUUACCACACAGUUAGGGUCUGAGAGAGUCCAGGACCACAUCUCUCAUCUGCUUUACUGACUCUUCUCCAAGCCAACUUACUGUGAAAGACAGCUCUGAUCUAAGGUAAGUAGCCUGACUACCAGACCCUGUGGUAACAGGCUAUGCCACAGCACCAAAGGCUAAGGUCCAUGGGAGCUACGUUUGCCUUUUUGUGCCCACUGUCUGGCCAUGUGAACACUGAAGGGAGUGAACGGCAGCCACCACUCGGGCCCCAGGACUGUGAUAGGGAUGGUUUUUCCAGACCUUGUCCCUAGCUCUGCCCUCGCCAAUCAUGUCAACACAUGUCAAUCCCCCAGCCCGUGGGUCGUUUGUUUCUAAUUUUUUCUCUAGAACUCAGACCUAAAUUUCUAAAAGAUGUCUCCUACCUGGUCAUAAUGAUGUAUAAGUAAGUGUAUUUAGAUUCUUCUGAGAAGGGUUUAUCUUCUCUCAGGCAGAAGGGCCUGGGUGCUCAUCCUUCAGUGAUCUCUCAGUAUCCAGCACAUUUUGCUACUGACAUGUAGAGUCCUGGGCAGAGGUUGCAGCAGCUAGAGGAGAGCCAGAAAAGGCACUGGUAGUUUGAAUGAGCGUGGUUCCAUAGGGUCUCCUGCAAGAACAACAAAUGGGAAAAGAACAGAGAAUGGAGCCACUGAAAUGACUCGCACAUCUGAUACCACGUGACCACGAUGUGGGAAUUCUGCUUUUUUCUUCCAUCCCAAGUAAAAGAGGGUUGGAUCCUGUGUGUUCCUAGCAACAGCACCAUUGCUCAGACCGUCUGUAAUUUCCAGGGGGAUCUGACUCCCUCUUCUGGCCUCCAUGGGAACUGUAUGCAUGUGGUACAUAGACAUGCAGGCAAAAUAACUAUCAUAAGUUUAAAAAGUCACCAAAUCUUGGCAUCGGGAACAUUUAGGCAGAUUCGAGUCUUGCUCUUCCAACAGUAAUGCUGUACAGGGCCAGGACAGCAGCCAGAGACUCUCUAUUUCUAAGCAAGGUCAUCUUGAGCUUCUAUGUGUACUUGAACUUUCAGGGUUGGAGCAUUUUACACUUAAAAAAAUGCAGCCUUCUGAAGACUUUGGGAAAUUGGUCAAGGUGACUCCCAGGGGCCUAAAAAGAAAGGAGCUGGGUUGACUCACGACCUUACCCUUGACAGGAAUCUCAUGUGCCUUGCUUGCUGUUUUAACUGUUUAACAGCUGGUGAGUGACAGGUGUCAGUCGUUGGCAGAGUAGUGAGAAGCUGCCCCCAAAUGGACACUCAGUGUAGAGCAGAACUGGCUGAGACUGAGAACCCGGCAGCAAGCCGACCCUUGACUCAUCUCCCUCCAGAGUCUGCCUAAUGAAAGGCCUCCCUCAGGUCAGCACAGAUACCACCACGACUUUCUCUGUUUGGGGCAAACAACUCAUAGUCAUUUAUAUCACUCCAAUCAAGCAAAAAUGACAUUUCACACUCAGUCAGCAAUGACUGGAAAGCUCAUCCAGAAGACCCCACUUAGUGUGGUCUCAUCUUGUCUGUCCCUGUUCCCUGUGAGUGAUACGGUCCAAGGGCUGAGAUCAGAGAGCCAGCUCAGUGACUUCGAACAGCAGGGAUGAAAUACUAUGAGCACAGUGUGGCAAAUGCUAUGGCUACCAGCUGUGCACAGGACAGGAGCUCAUACUGCCUAUGUGGCUGUAGCAGAAAGAGCCCGAGAGUGGCUGAAGGAAGCUGACUCACCAUGGUAGGUCUGGUUCUAGAAAAUUCCAAGUAAGACAGGACCCCCUCACUGGCUUUGACCAGACUGGUUUGAUCUGGCUGAGGUUAGAUCCCCCCCCACCCCCCCGUGGGCCGAAAAGGGAAUCUAAAAUGUGGGGAUAGACUGCAGAGUGAAGCAGUGCAGUUGUGGGUGCUUGUGCCAUGUCUGAAGGGAGCCUGCACCCCCAGAGCAUGGCCUGCUCACCAACCCGGACAGAGCUCAGAAGAAUUCAGUGGGACCCCCACCCUCGGGGUGGGGGGGGGUGGGGUAUGUGCAAUAGAGCAGGGACUCAGUGCUUAGUCUGAGGAGGUGGGAAUUUCUCCGCCCCAGGUAAAACACUUGGUUUGACUGUCCAAAGGAAGAUGCCUUCAAAAGGAAGAGCUUU